UUGACAAUUGCAAAUAAAAUUUUAGAGUUACCAACACACUUGUCAACCGUCAUUCAAAAUUUUGGUCACUGUCAUCCUCUUUUUAUCCUCGUUCAUUCACAGCUCAUAUCUUCCCACCCAUCUCACUCAUAGACCCCAAAAAUCCCACAAAAAACCCCCCAAUAAAACCUUCUCACUAAUCAAAACAAUCUUUCUAAUUUUGAAAUUUCAAUUCCAAUUUCAUUAUUGCACAUUACUUCGUAUUUCCUAAUAACUGAUGGCAAUAUCAUCAUCUUCAUCAUUAACAACCCCUUUCAUUGCUUUGCAAUCAAAACCCCAAUUCACAGAUAACCUGAAUUGCUCUAAUUUGUGUCUAAGAAUUAAAAGUAAGGAGUUUAAUCGGUGUAAAACUUCAGGGUAUUUGAAGAAUUUGUCAACGGGUGGUUUUAAUGGCGGAAUUGGUGGUUCUAAUGGUGGAUUAUCAGUAUCUAUGUGCUCAACGACGCCGUUUAUUGAGUUUGGAGGGAGAGUUGGGUUGCAGAGGAGACUAGGAAAUAUUUCUUUGUUAUCUUUCGGAGUUGAUACUGGUAAUCAGAUAAGUGGGGAUGAUUCUAAGGGUGGUUCUUCUCAGAAUUUGUCGGCAAUGCUUCCGUUUGUGGUGGUUGCCACCGCCGUCGCCGCCCUAUCUCAACCUUCCUCCUUUACUUGGGUAUCAAAAGAAUUAUACGCACCUGCACUCGGUGGGAUCAUGCUAUCGAUUGGAAUCAAGUUAUCAAUAGAUGAUUUUGCUCUUGCAUUUCAAAGGCCUUUGCCACUUUCUCUUGGGUUUUUGGCCCAAUAUGUGGUAAAACCAGCCCUAGGUGUAUUGAUUGCUCAAGCAUUUGGGGUAUCACCUAUGUUCUAUGCAGGGUUUGUCCUCACAGCAUGUGUGGCAGGUGCUCAACUAUCUAGCUAUGCCAGCUUCUUGAGCAAAGGCGACGUAGCAUUGAGCAUUUUAUUGACUAGCUCCUCAACAAUAGCAUCAGUUAUUUUUACUCCCCUUUUAACCCGCCUUCUAAUUGGGUCAGUUGUUCCUGUUGAUGCUGUUGCCAUGUCUAAGUCUAUAUUACAGGUGGUUCUUGUCCCCAUCAGUCUCGGUCUGUUUUUAAAUACCUACGCCAAGGAAGUUGUCAAGUAUAUUCAACCAGUGAUGCCAAUUGUAGCUAUGGUUUGCACUUCAUUGUGUAUUGGUAGCCCUCUUGCAAUAAAUCGCGGUCAAAUUCUUUCUGCUGAAGGUUUUCGUUUGAUUGCCCCUGUUUUGGCAUUCCAUGCUGCGUCUUUUACAAUAGGGUACUGGCUCUCCAAACUUCCGAUUCUAAGGCAGGAGGAAGAAGUAUCGAGGACAAUCUCACUGUGCACGGGUAUGCAAAGCUCGACACUAGCUGGGCUUCUUGCUACCCAGUUUCUUGGAAGUAGUCAAGCUGUUCCGUCUGCAUGUUCUGUAGUAGCAAUGGCUAUCAUGGGUCUUAGUCUUGCCUCCUUCUGGGGUAUCGGCCUACGAAUCAGAGACCUACAAAGCACAAUUACUCCUUGGUUUGAGUCUAAGGUUAAGGCUUCAUGAUGCCCGUUUUCUUGAACUUUAUCAACAACAUUCAUAGACCCGAAACAAGAAUGAUGCAACAACGGGCCGGGGUUGGCUGCUAAAGACUUCCAUAGCGCGGUAUGGCACAGUCGAACACAAUAUAGGUGUUAAUAUCCUAAUUUUGUCUAUGCUUGGGCUGUAUGUAUAGUUAGUCUUAAAAGCGCGCGCUAGAUAGCUUGUAUAGAUCAGAAAAUGGUUGUACGGUGCAACAGGGAAUAUAGAAGCUAGGUCCCUAUUCCUAGAACAUAUUACAUGCAUCAGGUGCAUCAUAUACCCUGUCACAUUUUCUCCUAAGAAAAUAUGAUAGGGACUAUUAAUGGGAAUAAAAAUACCUGCACCUAAAAAUAAUUUUCACCCUAA